AGACGUCUUUAGGUUUUUUGCAUUCCGCUGUUGGGUGCAUUUGACUACAUUUUACACAUUUAAAUGGUUUUCUGCAUACCACAAAUUUCUGAUACUCGCUGAAAGUUGUCCGUGCAAAAACAAUUCAAAUUCAAAAAACCAAGCAAAAAUAGGAGCGAAGCUUUGACUUCAGAAAAAAGUUGCUUAAUUCAUGCACAAUACUGUAUUGGUCAUAAACACGCAAACUAGUGAAUUAUAAUUGAAAAGUAAUUUGCCAUAGAUAGAGAAAGGCCAAACAUAAAAUACACACUAUUGAAUGAACGAAAUAACAAAGCAAAAGAGACGGAGCGCACGAGUGUCAUGAGAGAAUAAAAAAAAACUUUUUUUCACUAUUAAUUAAUAGAAGCGACAAGCAGCACACUUUUUUUAUUAUUGCAUAAAUUUCGUGUUAAUUUCAUAAUGAAUACGAAAAAAGUGUCCGGUAAGAAAGAGGCAAAGUGAGAAACCGGCAUUCGUGUGAACCAUAGAGAAUGGGGCAUUAAGUGAGCAGCAAUCGAGCACAAUCAGAAUUUGAAGAUUAAUAAGUAUUAAAAGAAAAAAUACGUAAAUGAAAUUCAAAAACAUAGAGUGACAUUAUACACGCGGCGGAUCAUCUGCUUAGCCAUUAUCAUCACUGCUCGCUGUAGCGAUUGUUCCGGCUGGCACUGGACAAUCGCCGCAGAGAAUUUAAAACUAAACUGCAGCAAUACACCACAAUUCAGUAUCGAUUCUACUUUGAAUAAGUGUUGGCGCUAAAUUUUGCUAUAAAUUCUUCAAAAAUACUCAGUUUGAGCUGGUAAGUGUUACCUUAGACAAGCAACUGAACAGUGCUAAGAAAUAAAAGCAACAACCAAAGAAAAGCUAAGGCUUACAUUUAACAAAAUAAUAAUUUUUGAUAAGAAAUACAAAAAAAAAAAACUUAAUAUAAAAUGGCAUUGAACGCUGAAGAUAUUGUUGAGAUCAAGAAGACCUGGGCCAUUCCGGUCGCUACACCAACCGACUCUGGCGCAGCGAUUCUCGUCAGAUUCUUUACAAAAUUUCCGUCCAAUUUGGAAAAAUUCCCAUUCCGAGAUGUGCCACUCGCGGAAUUGAAUAAUAGCGCACGCUUCCGUGCCCACUGUGGCCGCAUUAUCAAGACCUUUGAUCAGUCAAUCAGCCAGCUAGAAGAAGAAGGCGGUCUACAAAAGAUUCAAGAAAUCUGGCAAGAGAUAGCAAGAUCGCAUGUACAACGCCAUCACAUUGAAAGGCCGGCAUACUUUGAACUGCGCACAGCCAUUGUGGAAGUACUGACUGAGGCGUGUAACCUGAAUGAACGCCAAGCGGAAGCCUGGAAUAAACUACUCGACAUUGUAUACGACAUCAUCUUCAAGAAGUACGAUGAAUUGGGGGCUCAAUAAUGCUUGAGAAGUUGCAGGAAGGCGGCAGAGUGCUAAAGGAGUGCAUACGCCAACACAUCAACACUCAUACGCACACUCAUCAGACACACACACACGCACACACGCAUAAGGAAAGUCAUGGAAAAGCAGGCAUGAGAACUCGCGUUUUCCACUAUGACAUUGCGGAAAUUUUGUAUGGCUCACUUUAGUGUGCCAACAAUGCGAAUAUCUCCAUCAAAACACACAUAUACACACACAUUUAGGGAAUAUUAACGUUGACGCUUUAACCUGCUUUUGUAGCGCAAAAGUUUUAUUGUGAAGUUGUAGUAGAAAAAGAAAACGAAGAAGAAGAAGAAAAAUGCAAAUAUAGAAAAUGUCUUGAAACAUAUCUAAAAAAUUUACACAGCAACUCGCUUUAUUGUAACGCCAUCCGUAAACUUUGACUCCAUCGCCUUUCCACCGUUGCUGCUGUCUUGAGUUUAAAGCUUUAUUUGUGCUGUUUUUUUCACAAUUAGCUGCUGUGAUUGUUGUUGUUGCAUUUGUAUACCUCCCAUCCAAGAAACUCUAAACGCAUCUGAACCGGCUAUAUUUGAAAACAAAUAAAAAAAAACAACUCCUAUGAACUCUUAAUGUUUCCGUUUACCUCUAUAAACAUUUUUUUUGCUAAUGGUUUCUAAACUUUGUAAUUUUGUGAAUAACGUAAAAUGUAAGAAAAUAAAUAAAAAUAAAAUAAAAUAUUAAAUGAAUUACAAUAAAAUA